AUGAAGCUAGCCUACUGCAUUGCAGAACGAAUGCUCAUCCGAUCGUGGAAAGAUGGCGGCGGAGAGCUCAGUACCCAGCGAUCUGUUCCAGCACAUAUAUUCAUUUUUAUUGGAGAAUAAAUUCUCAAAGGCAGCAAAGGAGUUCCUUAAACAGUCUAAAGUGAAACCCCAGGACCAAAAUGAAGAAAGCCUCGUUGACAUCUUCAAUUUCUGGGUGAAAUCACCUGAAGCGAAGAAGCGCAAGGCUGUUACUAAUGGUCCUGAGGCACCCAAUGGUCCUUCAGCCAAGAAGGCCAAGAAGGAUGCAGAGAGCUCCAGUGAGGAGGAAUCGAGUGAUGAAGAUGAGGCACCCCCAGUGAAAACACCACCUGCAGCAGCUCCAGCCAAGCCUGCAGCAGCUAAGGCAGAGUCCAGCAGCAGCGAGGAUUCCAGCGACUCUGAGGAUGAAGCAGAUGCGAAAACUCCUGCAAAGAAAGUGGUUGCUGCUCCCUCUCCCGCCCCCACCGCGUCACCAGCUGUGGCGGGCCGGAAGAAGGACGCCAGCUCCAGCAGCGAAGAGUCUGACUCUGAAGAUGAAGCUCCAGCUAAGCCAGCAGCAGCUGCCCCUCCGAAGGCCGCGGCUGCUGCACCUAAGACGGCAGCUAAGAAGAAACCGGAGAGCAGCAGCAGUGAGGACAGUUCCAGCGACUCUGAAGACGAGGAACCAGCUAAGGCCCCUGCUAAACCCGCAGCGCCAGUGAAGACCCCUCCUGCCAAGCCUGCCGCCCCAGUAGAGUCCAGCAGUGAGGACGAGUCCUCUUCAGACGAGGAGGCGGCCCCUCCCAGCAAGAAACCCAAAGCCGGGCAGUACAGUGCUGUACCUCCCCCGUCUGCUGUAAAGACUAACUCCACCCCAGCGGGGGGCAAGAAGGCCCCAGCAAAGGAGGAGUCCUCUGACAGCAGUGAGGAUAGUAGUGAUGAGGAGGAGGAGGAGAAGGCACCUGCUGCUGCCACCAAGACACCUCCACCUAAGCCUGCUGCUGCUGCUGCUGCUGCUGCUGCUGCCGCUGCCAAGAAAGAGGAGUCCAGUUCAGAUUCUGACUCCAGCUCUGAGGAUGAGGAAGAGCCAAAGGUUGCUGCUAAAGCGGCUCCAGCAGCAGCUGCCCCGGCAGCCAAAACCCCACCCGCUAAAGCCGCCCCUGCAGCUGAGGAAGAGUCCUCCUCCUCCAGCUCAGAGGACGAGGAAGAAGCUCCGCAAAAAGCUCCGAAAAAGCCUGCAGCCAAGGCUGCCGCCGCCCCAGUGAAGGCUCCUGCGGCUAAGGAAGACUCAUCGGACAGCUCCAGCUCAGAGGAUGAGUCCGAGGACGAGGCUCCCCCCGCUAAGGCCACUCCGGCUAAGGCUGCUCCCACUAAGACUACUCCAGCGAAGGCAGCAGCCCCAGCGGCAGAGGAAGACUCUUCAUCGUCCAGCUCUGAGGAUGAGGAGGAGGAAGCUCCAGCAGCUAAAGCAACCCCUGCCAAGGCCACUCCGGCUAAGGCUGCUCCCGCUAAGACUACUCCAGCGAAGGCCGCAGAGGAAGACUCUUCAUCGUCCAGCUCUGAGGAUGAGGAGGAGGAAGCUCCAGCAGCUAAAGCAACCCCUGCCAAGGCCACUCCGGCUAAGGCUGCUCCCGCUAAGACUACUCCAGCGAAGGCCCCAGCUGCAGAGGAAGACUCUUCAUCGUCCAGCUCUGAGGAUGAGGAGGAGGAAGCUCCAGCAGCUAAGGCCACCCCUGCCAAGGCCACUCCGGCUAAGGCUGCUCCCGCUAAGACUACUCCAGCGAAGGCCCCAGCUGCAGAGGAAGACUCUUCAUCGUCCAGCUCUGAGGAUGAGGAGGAGGAAGCUCCAGCAGCUAAGGCCACCCCUGCCAAGGCUACUCCGGCCAAGGCCACCCCAGCUAAAGCUCCUGCCCCUGCUGCUGCUGCAGAGGAGUCUUCCUCUUCUGACAGCUCGGAGGAUGAGGAAGAGGAGGCACCAGCUAAGGCCACCCCAGCUAAGGCCACCCCAGCUAAGGCCACCCCAGCUAAGGCCACCCCAGCUAAGGCCACCCCAGCUAAGACCACCCCAGCUAAAGCUGCACCAGCAAAGAAAGAGGAUUCAUCAAGUUCAGACUCUGACAGCUCUGAAGAUGAGGCCCCAGCUGUACCGGCAGCAGCUAAACCUCCAGCCAAGCCUGCAACAGUCCCAGCAGCAGCCGCCAAGGCAGCGGAGAGCAGCUCGGACUCGGACAGUGACAGUUCUGACGAAGAGGAACAGCCAGCGGCUAAGAAGCCUGCAGCAGCUGCUGCUGCUCCCCCACCCGUGAAGGCUGCCACCCCACCCGCUAAAGCAGCAGAAAGCAGCUCGGACUCUGAUAGCGACAGCUCUGACGAGGAGGAGGAACCCGCUAAGUCAGCAGCAGCAGCUCCACCUGCGAAAGCUACGCCGGCCAAGGCAGCCGCUCCACCUGCUAAAGCCACGGAAAGCAGCUCCGACAGCGACAGCUCCGACGAAGACGAGGAGCCGCCGGCCAAGAAGCCAGCAGCAGCCGCCGCAACCCCACCGGCAAAACCCACGCCUGCGAAGGCGGCCGCUCCACCGGCCAAAGCGGCCGCAGCGGAGAGCAGCUCCGAUUCUGACAGCUCGGACGAGGAGGACGAAGCCCCUGCUGCGAAGAAGCCAGCGACUCCUGCAGCGAAAACGCCACCCGCCCCCACCGCGCCGAAGGCAGCCGCGGCAGAGUCCAGCAGCAGCGAGGAGGACAGUUCCAGCGACGAGGAGGAGGCAAAGGGCAAGCCUGCUGCUGCUGCUACUGCCAGCAAUGGAAAACCAGCGCCGGCAAAGACUCCUCCGGCCGCCGCCCCAGUAGCCAAAACCCCCGCCAACAAGGCGGAGUCCUCCUCCAGCGAUGACAGCUCCGACGAGGAAGAGGCAGUGGCUAAGCCAGUGGCUGGAACUCCGGCUGCCAAAAGCACACCUAAACCUGCAGCGACGCCCGCGGCCAAGGAGGAGAGCAGCUCGUCCGACAGCUCAUCUGAGGAUGAGGAAGAGGAGGCCAAGACGCCAAAGACGGCCGCCACUCCUAAGACCCCAGCAGUGACACCCAUCACUAAUGGCACAAAUGGCAAAAGGACAAGAGAAGAGGGAGAUGAGGAGGAGGAGGAGGAGGAGGAAGAUGAAUCAGCAGCAAAGACGCCCCAAAUAAAAAAACUGAAGACCUCCACUCCCCACUCAUUUCCUAAGGUCAAUAAAAAGAAUGCCAGUGUUCCCUUCAGAAGAAUACGAGAAGAGGAGAUUGAAGUGGACCCUCGAUUGGCAGACAAUUCCUUUGAUGCAAAGAGCGGAGCUACUGGCGACUGGGGCCAGAAGGCCAAUAACGUGCUCAAAUUCACCAAAGGCAAGUCGUUCCGCCACGAGAAGACCAAGAAGAAGCGUGGCAGCUACGUGGGCGGCGCCAUCUCCACUGCUGUCCACUCCAUCAAGUUUGACAGUGACUGAAAGCCUCGCGGUUCCCCUCCCCCCCUCCCCUGGACGUCUCGGUUGAACUCGGCUCCGCCCCCUACAGCUCUUAGCUAGGACUGUCUAAGUUGGCUGACCCCCCCCACACCCCAACAAGACUUCUCCACACGCAACCUUCUUCUCCUCCUCCCCCUCACUCUCCCCCAGCAAGCACCUCAAGCUGGUACGUGGCUAGCUGGUCUCGCUCUUGCUCUGCAGUUUGACCGGUGAGGCAGGACCACUGCCGUGUAAUGGCGAGGUGGGCACGGGCAGCGCUGCAGUGGACAGGCUCCGAGGGCUGCUGGGCAGUAGUGCUUCCACGCAUGCAGGGUGUUUGGCCUUUCCGGUGACUUACCAGCUGGCUGCAGUAACGGCUCUUGCCCACCAGAUGGAGUCAGAAGGACACUUAAAGAUAGCGGUUUGAAUGAUGUUGAAUAGAUGGUUGGAUUUUUCUUUUCUUUUUUUUCUUUCUUAAACGUAACUUAGCCCCUGGGAAUCUUGGAUAGUCUUGCUUGAAUGGAAAGAUUUAAUUUUAUACAAGUUUGUUAUGGAUGUUGGUUUGUGCUCAAUUUCAUUUCAAGGGUUAAUGUAUGUCAAUGUUUUUGCUUGUACAUUGAUUGUACUGUUUUGUCAGCAUUCUCAUUUUGGUUUGGUUAGAGAAUAUUUUACUACAAUGUGAAGAUCAGCUAACUGUGUUUCUGUUGAAGAUAAAACUAAUUUGGGUCUCAAUGACUACCCCACAGGAGCAAACUGUUUCUGUUUUACGUACUGUAUAUAUUUAUAAGUCUGCUUGCCUAUCAUGGGUAUAGUUGUAUUCACUGUACACCUCCAGAAGCCAUACGUUUGCUACACAUAGAUUUGACAACUCUAGCAGAGGUCAGUUCUUGGACACCAACUAACUACCCUGUACAAGCACAUCUUGAUAAUGAGCCAUCCCCUUACUAUGGACCUACUAAGCCUUUUUAUUUCGAUACAAACUAUUUUACUGACAACUACAGUGUUGUAUUAUCUCUUACUUUCUCUUGCUAGUCAUCAUCAAUUAAAGGCGAAAGAAAGAAACUUCA